AUGUCAAACUUUACACUUCCAAAAUUACCAUACGCUUAUGACGCUUUAGAGCCUCAAAUUGCGGCUAAAAUUACUGAAAUCCAUUACACCAAGCAUCAUCAAACUUAUGUCAAUAACUUGAAUGCAGCUUACCAAAAAAUUUCUACUGCAAUUCAACAAAAUGAUGUCAAAGGACAAAUUGAAUUGCAACAAGCUAUUAGAUUCAAUGGUGGGGGUCAUAUUAAUCAUUCUUUGUUUUGGGAAAAUUUAGCCCCUGCAGAUUCAGAUGCUGUUAAAGGUGGUACUGAAUUGAAGAAGAAAAUUAACGAACAAUAUGGUUCUUUUGACCAAUUCAAAGAUAAAUUUAUUGGUUUACUUUUAGGUAUUCAAGGUUCCGGAUGGGGUUGGUUGGUUAAAAAUAACGAAUCAAACAAUUUAGAGUUAUACUCCUCUCCAAAUCAAGAUCCAGUCCCUUCAAAAUAUACUCCUUUGAUUGGAAUUGAUUUCUGGGAACAUGCUUAUUAUAUUCAAUAUUAUAAUAACAAGGGUGAAUAUGCUAAAAAAAUCUUCGAUGUUCUAAACUGGGAAACUGCUGAAAAAAGAUGGAAAGGAGAAUAUGAAUUGAAGUUAUAA